AUGUCUUCUCCAGCUUCUUCUCGCCGUAGGGGCCGUCCGGCCAAGGAUACGGCAACCUCUUCUCCUGCGCGGUCAACCCGUUCUCGUCAGCUCCAGACCAGCAGUCCGACUCCAAGGGCGGCAGAUGAACAGUCACAGGCGACGCCUCGUGCUUCAAGGCGAUUGAGAGGUGAAGCGGCAGUUCCCUCGUCAUCGCCCAUGUUCUUCCAGUCCUCCCCUUCAAAGGCAGACAGCAGUGCGGAAACACCAGAUGUUCGAAUGGACGAGCCCAGUUCACCAAUGAGAGCAUCUUCUACUGUGGAUGAAGGAGACAGGACACCUAGAGGAAAUGCUCCUACCAUGAGAGACUCCUCCCCCAUCCGGUACAUGUCCAGCUCCAGUCCAACUCGAGCUCAGAAUCGCCAGUCACGGCGUUCCGACAUUCCCAGCAGCAGCAGUGGAUUAUUCGUCUCAUCCAGACCCGGCAUCGAUAGCAACCGUGCCUUGUCCCGCCGUAGCGACCUUCAUUCUGGUGGUUUUCUUUCUAGCCCGAACCGCCGCCGCAGAGUUUUCGUCGAUGCUAAUGGUAUGCCUGCGGCCGAUGGCGAUCCACGUUCCGAUGCCACCUUCUCGAAUAUCCACCCAGACACCUCUGAGGCCGAGGCCUUGGGCGGUAGCUCAACCCGUGUGAUUUGGGGUACCAACAUCUCCAUCCAGGAUUCCAUGUCCGCAUUCAAGAACUUUCUCUACAACUUCCAAACAAAAUACCGUCUGUGGGCAGAGGGUGCAACCGAGGAUGAGACACGUAUAAUGGGUGAGUCCGCGGAGGAACGGGAAUACAUCAGCAUGUUGAGCACCAUGCGGCAACUUGGAGUGACCAGCUUGAACUUGGAUGCGAAGAACCUGAAGGCAUACCCAUCGACACUCAAGCUAUGGCAUCAGUUGCAUGCUUAUCCUCAAGAGAUCAUUCCAUUGAUGGAUCAGACAGUGAAGGAUGUGAUGGUGGAGCUUGCGAUCAAGGAGAUGGAGCGCCUGCGGGCUCAGAAUCAACGCAACCAGAAUCAUAACAGAGGCCUGAGCUCUGGUCCUGCUGUCCCCAGCUCUGACGCGCUGAGUGAAACCGGUAGAAUGCCACAGAACGAGAUCCCCGACCUUGUCGGUGAAGUGGAAACCAAGGCAUUCAAAGUUCUGCCUUUUGGUCUCGACUCGACCGUGAACAUGAGAGACCUCGAUCCUGCAGACAUGGAUAAACUAGUAAGCAUCAAGGGCUUGGUCAUUCGAACGACACCCAUCAUUCCUGAUAUGAAAGAAGCUUUCUUCCGUUGUCAAGUCUGCAACCAUGGUGUUCAGGUCGACAUUGAUCGUGGAAAGAUCGCGGAACCCACCGAGUGCCCACGUCCAGUGUGUAAGGAACGGAACUCGAUGCAACUCAUCCAUAACCGCUGUGUAUUUGCCGACAAGCAGGUCAUCAAGUUGCAGGAAACACCUGACAGCAUUCCUGAUGGCCAGACUCCUCACUCGGUUUCGCUUUGUGUGUAUGAUGAGCUGGUGGAUGUCUGCAAGGCUGGUGAUCGGGUCGAAGUGACCGGUAUUUUCCGGUGCAACCCUGUGCGGAUCAAUCCUCGCCAGCGUACACAGAAGUCUCUGUUCAAGACGUACAUAGAUGUUCUUCAUGUUCAGAAGAUCGAUCGCAAGAAGUUGGGUAUCGACGUCUCGACCGUCGAGCAGGAGCUCUCGGAACAGGCGGCUGGUGAUGCAGAACAGACACGCAGGCUCACUGCGGAGGAGGAAGAGAAGAUUAAGCGAACUGCUACCAGACCUGAUCUGUAUGAGCUUCUCUCUCGGUCCUUGGCCCCCAGCAUCUAUGAGAUGGACGACGUGAAGAAGGGAAUCCUGCUCCAGUUGUUCGGAGGCACCAACAAGACCUUCCAGAAGGGUGGUAACCCACGAUACCGUGGAGAUAUCAAUGUCCUUCUCUGUGGUGACCCAUCCACAUCCAAGUCCCAGCUUCUUCGUUAUGUCCACAAGAUUGCCCCUCGCGGUGUGUAUACCAGCGGCAAGGGCUCUUCGGCUGUCGGUCUUACGGCGUACGUCACCCGCGAUCCUGAAACCCGCCAGAUGGUCCUCGAGUCGGGUGCCUUGGUUCUUUCAGACGGCGGUAUCUGUUGCAUCGACGAGUUCGACAAGAUGAACGAAUCCACUCGGUCCGUCCUGCACGAAGUCAUGGAACAACAGACAGUGUCUAUCGCCAAGGCAGGCAUUAUCACUACUUUGAACGCUAGGACCAGCAUCCUGGCUUCCGCCAAUCCGAUCGGUAGCAGGUACAAUCCCAACUUGCCCGUUCCUCAAAAUAUUGACCUUCCGCCUACCUUGCUGUCCCGAUUCGACUUGGUAUACCUCGUGCUGGACCGAGUGGAUGAGCAGGAAGAUCGUCGGCUCGCUAAGCAUCUUGUCAAUAUGUACCUAGAAGACAGACCUGAGAAUGCUGCCGAGGAAGAGAUCUUGCCGAUUGAAUUCCUUACAGCCUAUAUCACCUACGCCAAGACCAAAGUCCAUCCAGUGCUCACUCCGGCCGCCGGUAAAGCCUUGUCGGAUGCUUACGUUAACAUGCGUAAGCUUGGAGAUGACAUCCGGUCUUCUGACCGCCGUAUCACCGCUACCACUCGUCAACUGGAGUCUAUGAUCCGACUGUCGGAAGCGCAUGCGCGUAUGCGGCUGUCGCCGGAGGUCACUGCGGAUGAUGUGGAGGAAGCGGUGCGCCUGAUCCGCUCCGCCAUCAAGCAGGCGGCCACUGACUCUCGGACCGGUCUGAUCGACAUGAGCUUGUUGACGGAGGGCACUAGUGCCAGCGAGAGACGCAGCCGGGAAGCACUUAAGCGCGCCUUGCUGUCUGUGGUGGAUGAUCUGUGCAGCGGCGGCGGUGCAGCUCGCUGGGCCGAGGCCUUCAAGGUCUUAAGUGAGAACAGCAGCACUGAGGUGGAUGGAGCUCAGUUUGCGGAUGCGGUUCGAGCGCUGGAGACUGAGGGAGUUGUGAGUGUUGUCGGCGAGGGUGCGCGGAGGAGUAUCCGGCGCAUUGGCGGCGCCCUUCUGUAG